AUGGAAACACGGUCGGGUCGUAAACUAGGAUCGGCAAACCCUCGUACGGCAAAAGCGUUGCCAUUGCCAUUACCGGCAGAGGAAACGCAAUCUGAUGCCCGCGCCACGGCGCUAGUGUCGACCGUACCACCGAUCGCGGUUAGUACUCAGAGUACAUCGGCCUGCAGCCGCUCAUCUACCACGGUACGUGCUAAAAAACUUGCAGCUCAAACACAGCAUGCAUACCGCCUUGCACAAAUUGAAAUGGAGGCGGCAGAAGCUCGUCGUGCUAAGUUGGAGGCGGCGAGGAAGGAAUACGAAGCAGAAAUUGAAGCAAUCAGUUCCCGGGGCAGCCGAUCUGGUAGUCGUGCUAGUGACACACAGUCUGGUUAUUCACCAAUAGAGAACUUAGCUCGUCUGAGCUACGCAUUACGAGGUAUCGCGCGAGAGACUGUUGACAAGCUCUUAGUGACUGCUCGAGACCCAGAUAUUGUUAUGCGUGCGCUCGAGGUUCGAUUUGGACGACCAGAUUUAAUUAUAUUACAAGAACUUUAUUCAGUAAGAUCGUUGCCGAGGUAUCUGAAGAGUCAAGUCGGCCAAUGUCACAUGCAGGUAAUGUAUGGUAAUGCAGAGCAGUCUCCGUCGGAAUUGGUAACACAGACGUCUUCUGUUAGUACCACUACUUCUUGUAAGCCAUUACUAAAGAUUGUCACUGUCACAGUAUCUGGUCCCGCGGGUUCUGUUGAUACUUUCGCGUUACUGGAUGACGGGUCCAAGGCUACCUUCAUUGACUCAGAAAUUACCUCUCAGAUUGGAGUAACAGGUACAGUAGAACAAAUUGAACUGCAGUGUGUUGGUGGCUUAUCAAAACAGUCGCAAGUCGAGUAUGUUGACUUUCAAAUAAAAGGAAAGAGAUCUGCUGAUUCCUUUGUCAUCGAACAAGCUAGAUCUAUUAGUAACCUCGGACUGGCGAAUCGAAAUGUCAAUAAGAGUGAUGUUCUUGCAUUUCCAUAUUUGUUAGAUAUAGCUGACGAAUUAUGUUAUAAUGUCAAACCUACCAUUAUAAUCGGUAUAGAUAAUUGGAAUUUGUCUAUUCCCAUGGCAGUAAGACAGGGAACUAGUUCUCAACCUGUUGCCAUUCUUACGGUACUAGGGUGGGUUCUUUUCGGGUUUGUAGCGAAUAGAACAAAUGCUGUUCAUUUUGUAAAUAAUGUAUGUGAUUACGAUUUAGGUAGUGACAAGUUACGAGUUGUCAAUAAUGCAGUUGCCAAAUUAGGAGUUAGUUCAAAUAAGUUACCUUUGCGUGAACCAGAUCUCUUGAAAUCUUUUCUUAAUAUUGUAAAUCGUUUUCACGAGGAGAGUGUCAUAAUUAACGAUGACAUUAAAGCAAUAUAUCCUCAGGUUAAAAUCCACAACGUAUAUUGUGAUGCGCAACGUUUUACUUGGAGAGACAGUUCUAAAGAACCAUUGAAAACAUAUCUUAUGUCUUCAAUGAUAUAUGGCGCUGCAUCGAAAUAUCUCCUGUUCUACAACCAGUAA